AUGGAAAACAAACCUAUCGUGCUCCAUCUUGGCGACGCCAUCAAGUACAACCAUGCCUUCUACAACGAUGAAUUUCUAGCACGGUUCAACGUUAUCCAGGCAACUGAGACGGACAGAGAAGGGUUUAUUGAAGCUCUAAAGUCAAAGAAAUACGGCGACUUUUCAGCGUUGUUGCGCCUGCACUUCCAGACUGGAGGCUUCAUGGGCCAAUGGGACUCUGAGCUCAUCUCGCUCCUGCCAAAAGUGUACGAAUCUUCGCUUCUGCCGGUGCGGGAUUCAACUAGGCCGACGUUGACGUCCUUGGCGAGCACAAAAUUUGGUAUGCCAACGGCGCAGGGACCUCAGAUGAGGCAGUUUCUGAUACCGCGCUGGUCGGCGAUUGCAUUACACCCUACACACCUCUUAACAAGCCUUAACAAGCACACCCAGGAUUUGAUCGAUGCCAAAGCGCUAUCAUUGAUGAAGUCAGGGAGCAGAAUUGUUAAUACAGCCAGAGGUCGAAUUCUGAAUGAGGACGCCUUGAUCCAUGUGUUGGAAAUAGGACAUAUCUCUGCUGCUGCGCUGGAUGUGCAUUACAAUAAGCCGCAAGUUUCACCGAAGCUGGCUAGCAUGGACAACGUCACCCUCACUACCCAUAUUGGAGAAUCAAUUUUGAAUUAA